AUGAGAGGUUUUUCCACACCGGGUUUGUGGUCAUUUCUUCAGCUGUCAAAACGAGGAUUUGCUACAGCUGCUGCUGAACAAGUGGACAAAACUUUGUUGGGCAAAUUGAGAAAGCAGACAGGCAUCCCUUUCAUCAACUGUAAAAAGGCCUUGGCUAAAUUUGAUAAUGAUUUUGAUCAGGCCAAGAAGUGGCUUCUGGAAGAAGCACAAAAGGAAGGAUGGGCUCGAGCUACCAAACUGCAAUCCAGACCCAUGUCUCAAGGGUUGAUUGCAGUGUUUGCAGAUGGCAAGCAGGCUACAAUGAUUGAGGUAAACUGUGAGACUGAUUUUGUGGCUCGCAAUGAAAAAUUUAUUGCUAUGGUUACCAAAUUAGUACAGGAAUGCAGUGCUCACUUUGAGAAGUUCAACGAGAAAGUGAUCUCCUUGAAAAAGGCUGAGUUAGACCAAAUUGUGGGCUCUGAUCAGGCAACACUGGCUGAUAUCAUAGCUUUAAACAUCGGAAACAUUGGGGAGAACAUGUCAUUGAGACGGGGAACUUUCUUUAGAGCGGACAGUGGCUGUGUGUUGUCAUCUUACGUGCACCCAUCAGGUGGCAACAAAUCUCCAAAGAGUAUUCUGUUUGGAAAAUAUGGUGCUAUUGUGGAGAUGAAGCAGAAGAACAAAGAUGACGAGCCAGUGAUGAGCCUGGCAAACCUUGGCAGCCAUCUUUGCCAGCACAUAGUUGGGAUGAAUCCCAGAAUCAUUGGAGACUACGUCCCAAAGGACAACGAUUCUCAGGGUACCAACGUGGUAGAGAAAGAAGACUCUGGAUACAGCAGUGAUGCUAGUUCCGACACAGAAGUCUCAUCACAGAAUGAAGAUGUUGAUGAAGAUAAGCUGCUGCAGCAGGUCUUCCUGCUGGAUAACUCCAUGACGGUGGGCCAAUUGCUGUGUCUCAAUGGAGUAGAGGUCUCUCACUUCUUGCGUUAUGCUUGCGGGGAAACACUGGAAGGUGAAACUGAAGUCUAA